AUGGCAGCAACAGGGCCAGGCCGCACUCACACGCGCGCAGUAGCGCAAUUCCGUGUUUUUUUCCCACAUUGUCCAGGAACGCAUAUCUUCAACAAGGUCCCUCCCAUCCCUCUUCGUUCCUGUCAGGAUGGAGAACCCGAAGAACGACGUCCCGAAUCUGCGGUUCCUCUCACGGCCCCUCCCUUGACAAACACGACUCGUCGUUCGAUCCCUUUUUCCUUUGCCCGAGUACGGAUAUCAAAGACCUUGAAUCGUCUUGUUCCGACCACGAUGGCGGAAAUCGAGAACCGCGGCCCGCAGCUGGUGGCCGUCGGCAUAACGCUCGUCACAACAGCCAUUGUCGCAACGACUCUCCGAUGCUAUGUCCGAAUCUUCCUCGUCAAGAACUUCGGAGUCGACGACUGGUGCAUGCUUGCUGCGAUUACAUCAUUCAUCCUCUUUGUAGCAUGUGCCAUUACGGGUGUGCAUUACGGAACGGGUCGACACAAGGUGAAUCUCACCGAUGAUCAGUGGUCAACCGCCAUGAUGUUCUGGUGGUACUGCUAUCUGUGGUACUGUUUGUCGAUGAUCGCCUCCAAAAUUUCCAUCGGCUACUUCCUCCUCCGAAUCACGGUCCGCAAGGUCGACGUUUGGAUCAUUUACAGUGUCAUGAUGAUGACAGUCUGCACCGGCGUCGUCUUCUUCUUCGUCACUCUCCUCCAAUGUCAACCGAUAUCCUACUUCUGGAACAACACGACCCAAAGUGGCCGCUGCAUCCCCGUGGAUGUCAUCAUCGCUCUUACCUACCUCUACAGCGCCUUCAGCGUCAUCUGCGACUUUACGUUUGCUAUUUUGCCCAUGGUUCUCAUCUGGAAACUGAAAAUGGACCACAAGACCAAGCUAGCUCUAGUUCCAAUCAUGGCCAUGGCCUGCAUUGCCAGCGCUGCCGUCGUUGUGCGUAUGCCUUUUGUCAAGGACUUCAAGAAUCCUGACUUCCUUUGUAAGUCGAGCCUUACUUGA